CCGGGACAGUCGAUUGCUUUAUUAAUCGUCUAUGUUUUCAUGAAAAUACUGUUUUGUUUUGAAUCAAAACUUUUGAUCCAGUUUUUGGCACUGAUAAGCAUUUGUAAAUCAUUGUCAAUUACAAUAAAUUUGCAUCCACUUAAGGUAAAUGUGAAGUAGCUACAAGAAAGCUGAUAAUAGUUUUCGUGCUAAAGUUUGAAGUUCUCGAAUAAUUUACUUUCAACUUCGCAGUUAAUUUUGUUCUAUUUCGGUCAUAUUCAAUUUAAAGACAACCGUUGAUCAUUCAAAGAGUUUCGAAUUUUGACCUCCAUUGUUGCUGAUGAAAAGAAUACACUUGGGAAAUCGACAAUUUUAAAUAAUGAACGAGAUCGGGAUUGGUAAUCUUCCCCCCACAACAGCUGACUUUUUGCCUCAGUACAAGGCUAUUGGUCAAAGUCUGAAAAAGAGAUUUUUCCGUAAACCGAAUGUUGCUGAAGCUAUUGUGCAAUAUGAAGCACUUGGUCAAGAACUUCAGCGAGAAGAGCAAAAAUCAUUUGCCGCAGUUUGUUACUUGGAAUCUGCAAAAUGCCAAGAAAGCUUGCGAAACAACGUUCAACAAGCAAAUUCUUUAGUGAAGGCUGCGAAGCUAUUUUUGGAGGCUUGGGAGUCUGAACAGCACUUUAAUUUCAAUGGAGAACCCUUUAGUGAUCAAAGUGAUACCACUUGUUUAUUUGGGAAUCUUGAGCUUGGUAUCCAGACUUUGAGCCAAGCAGCAAAAUCUUUCAGUAAUCAAGGUAAUAAGGGCUCCGCGAUAUUGAUAAAUAUGCAGCUUGGCGACAUUCUGUACCGUGAUGGAAGCUAUGGGGAAGCUUUAAACUAUUACAAGAUUGCUUUAAUCGAUGCAAAGCAGAGUUUCUCUCUUUUUGACCAAUUGCUAGUCACAGAGCUUGUCUGCAAAGCCAAAGUGAAAAUGAUGGAAUUGGAAAGUGUCCUCAAAACUGUGAAUGAUAGCCUUAUUGCGAUUAAAAACUACGAUCAUGAAAAUGAAGUUCCUGCUCAAUUUGUGUCUGAAUAUGCUCAAAAAUUCCAAAUUAUGAAAGUUAUGUUGGUGCUCAUCCUUGGUGGAAAUACAACGGAUGUCCUUGAUUUUAUUUGGCCUAAGCUUCCAGUGACAUCAGCCGACGCUGGUGAUGACGACUUUUCCAGCGCAUCGCCCGAAUUGUACUGCGAAAGUACAAAUAAAGAUCACCUAGAACGUAGAGAAGUCACGUAUCUUUUAAAGUCCCUUGUUCUCGCUGUGCAGGAAAAUUCUUCCGUGGAGCUGAGACAGAUUCACAAUAAACUAAUUCCCGUAAUGGAUGAAUCACAUCACGAUCUCAUGAAAUUUCUGCUGCAAAUGCAGCGUUAGCUUUAAUAAAUACAUACAUUUAUUAAACGAAACUAGAUUCUGCAGUUUUAACCUACAACUCAAGUUUUAACUAACUGUAUUAUAUUAACUAGGUUUUAGAAGCUUUAAUUUCGCAAGAUUUGUGAUGAUAUGCCAUGUGCUAGUUGGCUUAAUAUAAUGUAAUACAAACCCAAGUAUUAUUAAUUGUCCAUCAUCACAAAUUUCUAUUUUAGUAUUAUUAGUAAUUAUUAUCCUUAUUGUUUCUUGCCUGGUAAUUUUAUAAAAUAAUGAAUAAACCAAUGAACCCAGUUAAGAACUCAACAGUAA